AAUUCAUAGAGCAAUCUCAUUUAUUCUCAUGUCAUCAUCGAUUGUUGAACUGUAAAUUUGAAGAAUUUCCAGCUAUAAUUACCUAUCAUGAACCGCGAUUUUGUAUAAAAAUAUUCGAGAACGUUUUCAAUAUUCAUAAUGUUGAGAGAAUUAUUGAUUUGUUUUCAUAUUUUAGGUCGCAACCGAUCAAAGCUAAUGAUGUUUUUUGAGUGAGAACGUAAAUGCCAUUUGAAUUUGUCGAAUUGUGCCGGUCAAUGGAUGUAGUUAUACAGUGAUAUCUGGUGGUGACCCAUGGCCGGUGCGGAAUCAACGAUUACAAGUGCCUAUUCUCAAGUGUAAACAAAGUAUACUUCACUGUCAGUUGCUUUUUUUAGUGAGCUCUGCGAUUGCCUUGGCUUGGUGAAAAUUAAACGUCAAGGAAUUUUCUUUAGUAUCAUGAGAGGUAUCAUGGAAUCUGGUGAAAAAAAAGGAGCAGAGCUAAUAAUUUACGAUGGGAGAUUCUGCGAAGCAUAACUCACGCUCAAAAGAACGCUCGCGUUCGCGUUCAGGACCAAGUAAGAAGAAAAAGUCUAAACGAGCUGCCAGUUCCUCAUCAAGUAGCUCUGACAACGGUUCGGAUGUUUCUGUCAAAAGGAAAACCUCCUGUUCCAAAGACAAAAGAAAGAAGUCAAGACGCUACAGUAGUAGCUCUUCAAGUAGCAGUUCAAGCUCGUCGAGCAGUUCCAGUUCAGAGCAUCGCAAGGACAGUCCUCAAAAAAAUACCAAAGCAUUCAAGAACUCCGAACCUGUUGUUGAACCAACGGAAUAUAAAAGUGGUAAUCGUGGAAGGAGUCAGGAAAGGUCGAGUCAUGACUGGAGAAAAACAAAUGAUGACAAUAGCCGAUCUACUAGCCGUCCUGAUAGAAGAAAUGAUCAUCUGCCGUCCAAAGAGUUCCAGGAUUACAACACAGAAAAAUUCAUUCAUCGUCAACGUAAUUCAUACCAAACAGACAGACGACCUAAUCGUUCUGGCAGUAGAGACAGGCGUCCAGAUCGAUCUGGAAAUUAUCGCAAUCAGAGAAAUAAUGCAGGUUUCAGAUCAAAUAUUAAUGAUCGUAAUUUUAGAGGUGCAAGGUACAACCGAGGAAGAUACGAUUUUGGUGAACAUAGAAGCAGGGGAGAUCAGCGAAACUUUAGAAAGACCGAAGACUAUAAAUUUUCAGGUUUUGAUGCUUCUAAGCAGUCUGAUGGUUAUGCUAAAAAAGAGGAUUAUGAAGAGCCUAUGAAACCUGUAAGAAAAAAUGAGGACCCACCAAAAAUUCAGCAGCACCAAUCAAGAGAUCAUAGUCUAUCGUCCAGCAAAACUGCAAAGAAAUCAAAGAAACGUAAAUCAAGAAGUAGUUCAUCCAGCAGUAGCAGCAGUAGUAGCAGCAGUAGCAGCAGUGAUGAUUCUAGAGCUGAGAGGAAGCGUAAGAAACGUAAAAAAAUUGCUCUAAAAAUUAAGAAAGCAGAGAAAAAACAAAGAAAGAAAGAGAAGAAAUUGAAAAAAAAGCUGAAAAAAAAUAAAUUAAAAAUCACAGCUAAAGAACAGAAGAUUGUAACACUGGAUGAGCCAUCUACAGAUAGACUGUUGAAAGAUAUACCUGUAAAAGUGACGGAACGGGCUAAGGCAAUGGCUCCUAUGACCAAGGAGCAAUGGGAAAAGAAGCAAAGCAUUAUUAGAAGAGUUUACGAUGAAGAAACUGGACGACAUAGGUUGAUCAAAGGCGAUGGUGAAGUAUUGGAGGAGAUAGUCAGCCGCGACCGUCAUAGGGAGAUAAACAGGCAGGCGACACGAGGAGAUGGAGAAUAUUUUCAGUCUCAACUAAGGCUUUCUAAGUGAUUAUGCUCAACAAGUGAAUAUUUAUUUUAAUAUCUAAACGAGAAAGUUAUGAAAUAAAAGGCAGACGACUCC